AUGUCAGAGGAGAGUUCGCCGCGACAAGACAGGAGGGCCACCUUCCAGAGGAAGCUCACUCGCAUGAUGUCCAGCCUCAGCGGCAACGUUGACGUCGAACUCGUGCCAAAACCGGAUUUGCAGAUGAAACUUUACAUCAAGGUGGGCCACUACGACCGAAAUCUUUUGCGCAACGCCUUCAGUGUCGCUCUGAACGGUGGCAGAAGGUGGGUCACAGACCGUGUCGAGGUGUGGGAGGAGAUCGACCAGCGCGUCUACGUGCGGUCCCUCGCGCGAGCCCUCCAGCAGCUGGUCGGGGAGGAGGGCGUGCUCCGCAGGGACGACAGCGGCGACCGCCUGGACCCCGACGUUUCGCUGCAGAAGAACGGCGUUUCGGCCUCGGCCACGCUCAGGUUCGACACCACCCGACGACGGGGCCGCACGGACAGCUCGCCCAAGCCGUCCCGCUGCAGCCCCGUGACCGCCGACAAGGUCGAUAGGCCUCGAGUGUCUGUCUGA